AAAGCACUUUGAAUUUAUUAUUUAUGAAAGAAGAGUAGGCUAUUUUUAAAACAGCCAUGGUUGGACGCCGCGGUUCCAAGAAGGAAUUGGAUCCAGAAGAGCAAAUGAAGAGAAAGUUCCGAGCGAAAUGUUUGUUUCGUGCGUUAGGCCGUUUAGUAAUGUCCAACGCCUAUUGGCUGAUUGAGGGAGUAGACCAAUAUGAAGGAUUAGAUGACGUGAAGCGGAGGGUGGAACAAGCAGUGAGAGGGAAAGCUAAGAAAAAGCAAUUGCUUAGUAUAAAAGAUAAAGCUCUCCUUAAUAAGAAUGCAGCCGAACGUAUCGACAAAGAGAAAAGUUAUAUAUUCCGCAUAAUUGGAGGUCUCAAAUGUUUCAAACGAUAUCCAAAUCAUGUAAAGAAGAAACUAGCAGCUGUAACUUAUUUCAAAUACUUCGGUCCUGGACGUGUUAUCGUCCGACAACAUCAAGAGGCCCAUGCGAUGUAUUUCAUUAUUAGCGGUGACGUUACAGUCAGUCAGCUUGUGUUCGAUGAACUGAUCCAGCAGUACGUUUCUGUGGAUAUAGGAGUCAUGAAACCCGGGGAUAUGUUCGGAGAAGUCUCAUUGUUGCACAACAUACCGAGAACUGCUACUGUCACCACUAAUGAUCACUGUGAGCUUUUAGCACUUAUGAAGGAGGACUUCAAGAAUGUACUUCAAGCUUCUAUUCAGAAACAGUGGGAUGAUGUGCGCAGUGCUAUGUCUGCUUUCACGUACUUCGACGCACUAGACGAGGUAGCACUUCGUGAAGGUUGCAUAGUUGCCAAGAUGAAAUCUUACGGGAUAAAUGAAACAGUGCUCGGUGACGGCGUAGGAGUGGCUAAUUUCGUCUAUUUCAUACUGUCAGGGCGAUGCCAAAUGAUAGAGUCUAUUCAAGUAUUUGUAUCUGAGCGCUUAGGAAAAAAAUAUUACACUCUUUCCGACUCUUAUGUGCCAAAAGAGGAAAGUGAACAUGAUUUCGAUACAAAAUAUUUUGGAGCUUAUAAAAAUCUUAAAAAAGAGGAGCGUGAAUCGGACGUUAUAGUAAAUAACGACAAAGAGCGAGCCGAAAGUUCAAGUAAAGGUGAAUCAUGUUCCUCGAAACGAGACAGUGGUCAGAGAGCAGAAAAUUAUGUUGAUGCCGAAAAAACUAAAGGAACUGUUGAGUUUCAAAUCUCAGAAGAACCUAAAUCAGAAGAGUUUAUAAAGGCAGCAGUUUCAACAGAUUAUCGAGAAUCCGUAAGAAUGAGUGUUAUUCCCGAAGUAAUGGACGCUGCAUUAUUGAAGACAAAACAAAACCUCAAAACUUAUUUUAUGCAGGUUUGCCAAUUCAAUCCUGGUUCAACUUUCGGCUUUGGAGAAAACAUGCGUGACCGUCGCAUCGUUGCUCUAACUCCUGUAAGCUGCAUGCUUCUUCCCAAGAUAUGGCUUCUCCAGCGUAAUACGGCUAAUAUUUGGACACGGAUACAACAUUACUUAGAAAAAAAGAUACCAACCAAAAAGCAAUUGUUCAAAGAGUUUGUAUCGGCACGAAGAUGGCAAGAUUUCCGAGAAGAGCUGGUAGAAGAUGUGAUCUCUCGCUCCAAUACUGUUAAUUGGACUUCCGUUCAUGAUGUUCCUUAUUCCAUCCGCAUGGAGGAGAUGUUGGAUAUUUAAUUUGUUAAUUUCAUCUUAAC